AUGACGAAGGAAGCCAUAUCUGAAUCAUCGAUUAAACCUGUUCCCCUACACCCGGCUUACUCCGUGUCGAACAUUCAGUCUAAGAUCCGGACAUUGGACGGGUCGCAGGUAACAUAUUCGGCAUGGGUUAAGCUAUUCCGCCUUCACGUGGUCGCAUACAAGGUUGAAAAUCACAUCGAUGAUACACCACCACCCGCAGCCAAAUCCCCUGAAUAUGCCCAAUGGAAGGAACUUGACGCAUUGGUCCUUCAGUGGAUCUACAGCACCGUUUCGGAUAAUAUUCUGAAACGCCUCAUGGAUACGACUGUAGCCCGGGAUGCGUGGUUAAAGCUCGAGAAACAAUAA